UGAACUUUUUGUUGGGCAUUGAAAAAGUAUCCUUGACUUCUCCGUAAACUUUCACGUGAGUUAAUUGUAAUCUUACUCACUACAUGCCAAAGUGAUUUAUCUAGGAAUACAGUUGGACUUCACUGAAAACUGAUGCUUUCUAGAUGCCUAACUUCUGAAGCUACGAAAGUUGAAAGGCUGUUCAUCUCUAUCACGUACUGACAGCAUGCCUCCACUGAAAACUCAUCCCCACCUGAGACUGAUUGCUUCCACAGGCAGAAUUAAAGACAAGUGGCUAUUUCUGUGAUCGAUUCCAGAAUUUGCAAACCAUCUGUGUAACUUCCUCUCUUACCAAUGUUUCUUUGUGCGAGUUCUUAAAAACAAAGCUCAACGGAAAAUACUUCGCUACAAGCACAUUUAACAUGUAAGAUCUGAGCUAUUACGUCGUGGACACUUUCAAUUCACUUCCUAAAGCUGGUGAUACUAAUAAUGGCGGAGCCAGUGAGUGAAACUGAACCAAAUAUAUUGUUCCACAAAGCUCUGACGACAGACGAUUAUAAAAGAGUAUAUGCAUUGCUGGCGGAUGGUGCUGAUGUCGACCACGGUUUUAGAUCAUCCUUCUUCUACAAAUGUCCUGUGCAUAUUUGCUGCGAGAAAGGUAACAUUGAAACGCUAAAGGUUCUGAUUCAUUGGAAGGCUGAUUUGGAGUGCCCUGACCAAUGGGGUCAAAGGCCGCUUCAUUACAGCGUUAUGAAACGUCAACAUAAGAUAUUGAAAUUACUUUUGGAGAAAGGUGUUGAGGUGAAUGCUGUGAACAAACAUGUGCGGUCUCCACUGCAUUACGCUGUUGAGUUGGGGGACCGGGUCAUGCUGGAGAUGUUACUCGAAAACGGAGCACGAGUAAACAUUCAGGAACAAAAUGGCCAGACUCCAGUGCACGUUGCUGCAAGUCGUAACAUAUACGAUUGGUCAUUGACGCGAAUGCUGGAGCAAGGGGAUGUCAUUGUUGAUCUGUGGGACCGGAACAAGAAAACAGCACUGCAGCAUGCAGUGCUCACUGGUAGCGUGAAUGGUGUGAAGGCCCUCCUGAUGGCAAAAGCAGACCCUGAUGUCUUUGACACCGAUUACAUGACACCAUUGCUGAAUGCCAUCAUCGGUUUCAAUCGAUCGGCAGUUGAAGAGAUUUAUUUGGAAAAAACUGAAUGUUUGAUCAAAUUUGGUGCAGACGUCAAUAAGGCGAAUCCUACAACCGGACGGACUCCACUUCAUGUUCUGGUCGGAACGAGACAGAACUGUGUACGUCUCGGUCAACUUCUGAUCACAUUUGGAGCUGAUAUCAAUCAAAAAGACGUGAAUGGCUGCACUCCCCUUAUUCUAGCUCUCCUUGCCGGGAACAAGCAAGCGGUACGCCUUCUCCUCCGUCAUAACUGUGACACGUCACCCGUCGGGACAGUUCAAGUCUUGAACAACGUGACACAUGUGAACGCUUUGGACAUUUGUAUAACACACCAACUCCUUGAUAUGUUGGAACUACUGUUCGAAGCAGGAGCAAAAUUGGACUGUACAAAAUAUUUUGAAAAAUUAUUCGGAGAUCUGACAUAUUUGACUGAUUUGCCUCCCCUGCUCGAUACUUUGAAAUUUCAUUUAACGAAUGUGUCACCUUUGAAGACAUUGUGUCGGACUAGUAUUCGAAGUUCAUGUGGGGUUCAACCAGAGGAUUGGAUCGGCAAGUUGGGUUUGCCGAAAUAUCUGAUGCGGUAUGUGCUGUUGGAAAAUGAAUUACUGGAAGAGUGAUUAUCUGUUAGUUUUAUCUAGUCAUGUGAGAGGAUAAUGUUUCAACACUUAAGUGAUUCCCUUUCUGUGUAGUAUGUGAUCAGUGUAUGUAUAGUUUCAAAAGGGAGGUUGAGGGCAGUGAUUUAUCAAGUGAAAUGUACAAAGAAUUCAUCCUCUUUCUACCGAGUCUUUUCCGUAUAUGUAUAAGGAUUUGUGAUAAGUUGCUGUUUUCAACCUCCCUAUUGUCUUCCUUUGUGGACUCGAUUAUGAAGAACUGAGGUUAUAUUUCGUGUUCUACUUGUCCAAGUCUGGGUUGUGUUAUGUUUUUAGAAACAACUCUGAAUUCUGAAUGGUAGUCAGAGUCGUGAUGGUGCUCUUUUGAAUCUGUUGAUAAUGCCAUGAAAAGGAGGCCGAUAUCUUUCUGGGUAUCAAUCCGUAAUUUGUUUCAAUUCUCUUUGUUUAUGA